UGCCAUUGGAUGGAAACCUAUAUAAGAAAUAGAGUGAAGGAGGAAUACGAGUGGGAGCAACAAAGCUGAGUAUAACUGGCCGCUGCUCGAGGUAGAUUAAGGGGGGAGGUGAAGACCUAGGAGCGGGCGAGCUACUGCUUCCUGCCGUCAAGCUGCUAUCACUUCCUCCGGACGCAGCUUCAGUGCCGUAAAGGCACCUGUCUUUGGGUCCCUGACAUGUGGGCCAGCUACCUAUUGGACCCACAUGUCAUAGGAACAAAGGCAGGUGCCGGAGUGCAGUCCCACUUCCUGUCCGCAUCAUACCGGGGACAUAUACAUACCGUGGGGCUGGGGGCAAAACAACAACUUGGGACCCUACGUGAUAUUAUCAGACCACUUGUGCACUAAAUGACGACGACCCAUAUUAUAUAUGUAUAAAUGAAUAGAGAGAACUGAGCUAGAAUACUAACACUAACAACAAAAUAUUCAACUAUCGUGGGCCUACCGUAGACUAGUCUAAAAGACCACUUGCUCACGUUGCAGUUAACGACCAUGACCCAAGACCCAUGUAUAAUGCAUUGUACCUAGCUAGGUAGUGCAUUAUUUGAGAGUGGACCGGAGACCAGGCAGCAGCAAGCUAGUAAAGUAGAUCACCAAUAUAAACUAAGGCCUCAGUGGUGAAGGAGGAUCAAACACUCUAAACUGCAAACCUCUGCACAGAUAUGUUUGGUACGUUCGCCCCUGCACUGCUGUAGCUGUAGCUCUUGUUCCGGUUAGGAAAGGAAACGAAGAGCUACCCGGCCAUGGAAGUUACUACACUCGGUCAGUUACUUCUCUUGGCAUUGGUGACUUUCAGUGCGCAUUAUGUGAUCGUCGUCUGCAGCUCCUCCUCCUUCCAUGACAAUGAGACAGAUCGGUUAUCACUGCUUCGAUUCAAGGAUGCAAUUAGUCUGGACCGGCAGCAAGCCUUGAUGUCCUGGAAUGAUAGCAUCCACUUUUGCAAUUGGGAAGGUGUCCUGUGCAGGGCAAUGGCUCCACGUCGUGUCACUUCUCUAAACCUUACAAGUCGAGGUUUGGUAGGACACAUCUCUUCUUCACUUGGGAACCUAACAUUCCUGCAAUCUCUAGCCUUGACGGAGAACGCACUCGCUGGAGAGAUCCCACCCUCCCUCGGUCACCUGCGCCGCCUCCAUUUCUUGCGCUUGAAUAAAAACAUGCUGCAAGGAAGGAUGCCGAGUUUAGCAAACUGCUCGAACCUCAAGGUGCUGCAUGUUUCGAACAAUUAUCUAGUUGGCAAUCUUCCUGCUGAUUGGCCUCCUCACCUUCAGGUACUGAAGGUCUCGGAUAAUAAGCUUACUGGCACCAUCCCAGCUUCUCUUGCCAAUAUCACAACAUUAACCACCAUCAAUUGCGAAUAUAAUCACAUCAAGGGAAAUAUCCCAAGUGAGUUUGCAGAUUUUUCUAGCUUGCGGUACCUGUCUGCAGGCGCUAAUCAGCUGUCAGGCAGGUUUCCACAAGCCAUCGUGAAUAUUUCUACUCUCAUCAAUCUUCUCCUUUCUCAAAAUGGUCUAAGUGGAGAGGUACCACCAAAUCUCUGUACCUCUCUGCCUGAUCUCCAAAUACUUGGAUUAGGUGUCAACUUCUUUCAAGGGCACAUUCCUAGUUCUUUCACUAAUGCUUCCAAUCUACGUGCCUUCGAUUUGUCGAGUAACAACUUCACCGGAUUGGUGCCCAGUACGUUUGGCAAACUUACCAAACUUUUGAGGUUGAAUCUUGAACUUAAUCAGCUCGAAGCACAUAGCUGGGAAGAUUGGGAGUUUUUGGACAGCUUAGGCAACUGCACAGAGCUACUGAGAUUUUCCAUGAGUGGGAAUCGUCUAUCAGGAAAUGUACCUAGUUCAUUGGGUAACCUUUCCAAUCAGCUCCAACAUCUAUACUUUGCAGAAAAUCAAUUAUCAGGAGAAUUUCCUACCGGCAUAGCAAACCUUCCCAACCUGGUUGCUGUAUCAUUGGCCGCUAACCACUUUACAGGUGUGGUUCCGGAGUGGAUUGGGACUCUCAAAACUUUACAGCAAAUAGGUUUGGGCGGAAACUUCUUUACAGGGGUCAUUCCAUCAUCCAUGUCAAACUUGUCUCGUUUGGGAGGGCUCUAUCUAAGCUUCAACCAAUUCACUGGCCACAUACCACCAAGCUUUGGAAACUUUCUUAUGCUUCAAUAUAUUCACAUUUCCAACAACAAUCUUUAUGGCAAGGUCCCAAUGGAGAUCUUCAGAAUCCCAUCAAUAAUUGGAAUUGAUUUAUCUUCCAACAAGCUCGAUGAACAACUUCCUGCCAACAUUGGCAAUGCCAGACAACUUGUGUAUUUUCGGACUUCGUCCAAUAAGCUAUCCGGAGAUAUUCCAAACUCUCUGGCUGAUUGUGAAAGUUUAGAAGACAUUGAGUUAGACUCGAAUAACUUCAGCGGAAGCAUUCCGACUUCAUUAGGCACCAUAAGUAGCCUCAAGUUUUUGAACUUCUCUACCAAUAACUUAACUGGGUCAAUACCAACAUCUCUUGGCAACCUACAACAUCUUGUGGUACUAGAUUUGUCAUUCAACCAUCUUAAUGGCGAGGUUCCAACAAAAGGGAUCUUCAAGAAUGCAACUGCUGUGCAGAUUGAUGGAAAUCAGGGGCUUUGUGGUGGUGUGGUGGAGUUACACAUGCUAGCAUGUUCUGUUAUGCCUUCAAAGCCAACUAGGCACAAGAGAUCUUUGGUGCUCAAAGUAGUUAUCCCAAUAUCUGUUAUAGUAUCACUUGCUAUGGUCAUAUUUAGCUUAUUGCUCCGAAGAGGAAAACUCAAAAGCAAAUCUAUAUCUCUGCCAUCAUUUGCUAUAAAAUUUCCCAAAGUUUCUUUCAUUGAUCUAGCCAGAGCAACACAAGGAUUCUCAACGUCCAACUUAAUUGGCAGAGGGGCAUACAGUUCUGUAUAUCAAGGGAAACUAGAUGAAGACGAAAAUGAUGUUGCCGUAAAAGUGUUCAACCUAGAGACAAGAGGGGCACACAAGGGCUUCAUUGCAGAAUGUAAUGCGUUGAUAAAUCUGCGUCAUCGUAAUCUGGUUCCUAUUCUAACUGUGUGCUCAAGCAUUGAUUCUAAUGGUAAUGAUUUCAAGGCCCUGGUGUAUGAGUUCAUGUCACGGGGAGACUUGCAUAAACUACUGUACUCGACUCGAGACAAUGAAGGCUCUUCAGAUUUGAACCUUCUUACAAUGUCUCAAAGGAUGAGCAUUGUGGUGGAUGUAGCUGAUGCAUUGGAGUACCUGCACCAUAAUAACCACGGAACAAUGGUUCAUGGUGAUGUGAAGCCUAGCAACAUUCUUUUGGAUGACAAUAUGACAGCUCAUGUUGGAGACUUUGGCCUCGCAAGAUUCAAAGUUGGUUCCACAGCGUUCUCUCUUGGCAACCCAAACUCUUCUUCCUUUGCACUAAUGGGGACAAUUGGAUACGCUGCUCCAGAGUAUGCAGGGGGCGGUCAAGUUUCAACUGCUGCAGAUGUUUACAGUUUUGGUGUUGUUCUCCUCGAGAUAUUCAUUCAAAGAAGGCCGACUGAUGACAUGUUCAAGGACGGACUGAGCAUCGUGAAGUUUAUAGAGAUCAACCUCCCUGAUAGGGUGCUGGAGAUUGUUGAUCCCCAGCUGCUACAUGAGUUGGAGCUUUGCCAAGAAACUCCAAUAGCAAUGAAGGAAAAAGGUGCGCUUUGUCUGAUGUCUGUGCUAAACGUCGGCCUUUGUUGCACCAAGCCGUCUCCAGGUGAACGUAUCAACAUGGAGGAGGUGGCUGCCAAGUUACGCGGAAUCAGGGAUGCAUAUGUCAGAAGCAGCUCUGUUGCUUCAGCACCACUGGCUGCCUGAAUAAUAGUCUGCUUCGUGGCAUUUACCCAGGCGCAGAGCAGUGGUAAAAACGACCAAGAACCAUGUCAUUGCACAAAAAUGCAAGAAAGCAAGAGAUUUCGGCGCUGCACCGGAGCUAAGACGAUGUACCUUCGUCACCUUCGCUGUCAAGAAGCCGGUGUUGGAAGGUCGGCACCGGAGAGAUCAGCACAUGCACACCUGCAUUCACCAUCAAUCAAGAGCAAAUUGCACAUCAGAGUGUCUGCGGCAGUCCAAUAACUAGUGUCUGUCUACUUGUUGGUGCAUCUAUUUCUAGAUAAAACACUCUGAAUGUACACAUGUUAUGUUCUAUUUCUACACGCUAGAAUGAAAGUUCAGUCAGAUCCUGCUA